GCAAAAAUGAGUUGUAAUUAAAUAUUCAUUUCAAGUAAAAUAAAAUAUUUUCAACAAUGGAUUUACAACAAUUGGAAGAGGAAGCACGCCAAGCAGCGCUUAAAGAUAUUCAAAAUAUGCUGCAACGUCCUGGGCAGCUAGAGAAAGUGGAGCAAUAUCGUCACCGCAUAGCACGGAAAAAAGCAUCUGUGGAGGCGUUGUUAAAGACGGGCAUGCAAAAUCAAUUGGAGGGCGUGCGAGUGGGUCUCAAGCAGCUGGAGACAUGUAUGCAGGAUGUGCGUGAGGUGCGUCGCCGCAUGGGCGAAGUGGAACGACUGCUCCAAGGCGUACCGGAGAUCUACGACGCCUUGGAAGUCGUUCGAGAGGAGAAUACAAAGCAUUCGCAAUAUGCAACGGCUAUGGAGAAUCUGAAGCACAUCUUCAACGUGGAUGCAAGUGUGCAAAAGACCAUGGCACUCAUAGACGAGGACAAACUGUUGAGUGCACAUCAGUGUCUGGCCGAUUUGGAAAACUCGCGGGAUGAUCUGCUCUAUGAGUUGCACAAACAGCCCAAGCAGCAUGCCUCCGAUAAGAUCACACUCAAGCGCCACUUCGAGAAGGUGGACCAAGUGUCGCAGGCGCUGGAGAAGAAGCUGCGCCUGAUCAUCAGUCGUACGCUGAACACGGUCCGAAAGAAACCAACGGUCAUUGUGACUGCACUGCGAAUCAUCGAGCGUGAGGAGAAAAACGAUCAAUUCGCGCUGCAACAGCAAAAGGUCACGAAUUUCCUGCCACCUGGCAGACCUAAGGCAUGGCGUGCCAUGAUUAUGGACGUCCUCCAAGCAGCUGUCAUCACACGCAUCGAGGGCUCCAAGCUGGAGGAGCGUGCAGACAACAAAUUGUGGCUAGUGCGCGACUUGGAGAUAUUGCGACAAAUUAUUCUCGAAGAUUUGCGCGUGGUUAAAUCGUUAUGCGUUCCCUGCUUCCCACCUCAUUACGAUAUAUUUAAUGAAUAUGUCAAAUUCUACCACGAAGGAUUGUCCAGCUAUCUGGACAAUAUUGUGAAAUCGGGUCUGCAAGGCAAUGAAUAUGUCUCCAUGUUAGCCUGGGUUAUGCACACCUAUCCAGGCGCUGAUCUAAUGUCUCAUCCCGAUCUGAAUGUGGAUGUACUUAAGCUGUCGCGUCCGCUGCUGCAUCCCGAGCACUUGAAAUCACUAGAGGAUGAGUAUUUGCAGAAUAUGGAACGCAACUAUCAGGAUUGGAUGAAAAAGACAGUGGAUUCGGAGAAACAGGAAUGGUACUCCGAGCAGAUGCCCGAUCAGCGAGAUCACUACUACAACAGUGCUGGCCCAGUGAUCAUAUUCGAGAUGAUCGAUCAGCAUUUGCAGGUGACAAACACCAUACACCAGGAGCUGACGUUUAAGGCGUUGGUGCUCAGCAUACAACAGGUCGAAUUGUUCGGACAGACUUAUCUCAAGAAUGUCAUUGAAUUGAAGGAGCAUCAUUUUCGGAAUCGAGAUCAAAUCAAAUACUUUACCCAUUAUAUCAUAACCAUUGUGAAUAACAGUCAGAAUGUGGUGGAAAUGGCACAGCAAAUGAAGCAUCUGUUUUGGCCCAAAUCCCGGACGGAACAUUACGAAGAUUUCGAGAAGCUGUUGGCAACGUUUCAAAGGAUCCGUGCACAUGCAGCCAAUUAUUUGCUGGAGGAGGCCUUCCUUGAUAUGGAAUGCCAUUUCAAUGACCUAUUCACGGUCAAGUGGCUCGGCAGCAGCAUCGCUGUGGACACCAUUUGUGUUACGCUCGAUGAUUACUUUCAGGAUUAUAACCACUUGCUGCCCGCCAAUUUUGAGAUGGUGAUCAAUGAGGCUCAGAAGUUGCUAGCGAAGCGCUAUAUAAGAGCUCUCUUAUCGAAGAGACUUUCGAAGUCCCGCAGCGAGUGCGAUGCGAUUACCAGAAAGAUUAAUUUGGAAGCUAAGCGCAUUAAGCAGUUCUUUGAGAAGAUUGCACCAAAGAUUUCGCUGAGCGAUUCCCCCUUGGAUUUGAUAACAACUCUAUCCGCUCUCAUAGUCGCGGACAUUGAGUUGCUCGCAUUGGAUUUACAUACGCUGCUGGGCAGUUAUCCUUCGCUGACUGAGGAUCACUUGGUGCGCCUCUUCUACAUCCGCAAUGAUGUAAAGGCCGCCGAGGUGCGAGAGAAGGUUCAGGAUGCGAUGAAGUCCAAGAAGUCCAUGGUCAGCAUUGCCAAGCAGGAUUGCAUAUUCAAGGAGAUCGUAUUUAGCGAUAAGCUGUGGUAGAAGACCCAAUAGUUAUAGCAAUAUAAGUAUAAAUAUUUCACUCAUACAACUUAUAAAACU